AUGCCUCCUGUCGCUCCUAUGAAUGUUGGCCAGCACGGCCCCUCCAACGUGGACAAGCUCAAAAUGGGUGCUAUGAUGGGUGGAACUGUUGGUGUCAUCAUGGGCUUUGUCUUUGGAACCGUCAACAUCUUCCGAUAUGGAGCCGGCCCCAAUGGUAUCAUGAGGACACUCGGCCAGUACAUGCUUGGAUCCGGAGCAACCUUUGGUUUCUUCAUGUCCAUUGGUAGUGUCAUUCGAUCCGAUGCCGACCCUAAACUGCACGACAUGUACAUGCGAACCCAACGUCGACCUAUAAUGCUGAUGGCCAACCCUGCGUGGAGGAAGUCAUGA